AUGUCAAGGACGAGGACCGCUGCUUCAGAGGCUCACGAUUCGAUGGAGUCUGAGGAAAGGGUAGACCUUGAUGGUGACAAUGAUCCCGAGGAGACUUUGGAGGAGGAAGUUGAAUACGAAGAAGUUGAAGAGGAGGAGGAGAUUGAGGAGAUAGAAGAGGAGAUUGAGGUGGAAGUGGAAGAUGAUGAGGAUGAUGCUGCUGCUGUUGUUACGGAAGAGGAAGAGGAGAAGAAGAGGCAUGUUGAACUCAUGGCACUUCCUCCUCAUGGCUCAGAGGUUUAUCUUGGUGGCAUUCCCACUGAUGUUUCUGAAAAGGACUUGAAGGGCUUCUGUGAAUCGAUAGGGGAAGUCACCGAGGUUAGGAUAAUGAGGGAAAAAGAGUCUGGUGAUGGGAAAGGGUAUGCGUUUGUAACAUUCAGAAACAAGGAUUUAGCUUCUGAAGCUAUUGACCAUCUAAACAACACCGAGUUCAAGGGUAAAAGGAUAAAAUGUUCCACUACUCAAGCAAAGCAUCGUCUGUUUCUUGGUAAUGUUCCUAGAAGUUGGACAGAGACUGACAUUAGGAAAACAGCGAGUAGAGUUGGUCCAGGCGUACAAAUUAUUGAACUGCCAAAGGAUCCACAAAACACGAGCCGGAAUCGUGGAUUUGCUUUCAUCGAGUAUUACAACCAUGCAUGUGCAGAAUACUCAAAACAGAAAAUGUCAAACCCGAGUUUUAAGCUUGAUGAUAAUGCGCCAACUGUAAGCUGGGCUGAAUCAAGGAACGGAGGAGGAGACUCUAAUGCUUCACAGGUCAAGGCAUUGUACAUCAAGAACUUGCCUAGAGAUAUAACACAAGAGCGCCUAAAGGCACUAUUCGAACAUCACGGGAAGAUCCUGAAAGUGGUGAUUCCACCAGCAAAGCCAGGAAAGGAAGACAGUAGAUACGGGUUUGUCCACUACGCGGAGAGGACAAGCGUCAUGAAAGCGUUGAAAAACACUGAAAGAUAUGAGAUUGAUGGUCACACGUUGGAUUGUACUCUUGCAAAGCCUCAAGCGGAUCAAAAGGGGAACAACAACAACGCCAAUACAGUUCAGAACAUGCAGAAAUCGCAACUGCAACCAAACUAUCCUCCACUUCUUGGUUAUGGCAUGGCUCCUAGUCCCUUUGGUGCUCUUGGUGCAUUUGGAGCUUCUGCCUACUCACAACCGUUAGUGGGAGGUCACGCAGCUGGUGGAAUGUCGAUGAUGCCGAUCAUGUUACCCGAUGGAAGAAUCGGCUAUGUCUUGCAACAGCCUGGACUAGCAGCAGUGCCACAACCACCGCCAAGGCCUUCACCACCGUAUAGAGGAGGCGGGUCGAGCAGCAGCAGCAGCAGCAAACGAAGUAGCGACAAUGGCAGAGGAAGAAGCCGUUACAAUCCUUAUUAA